UCAGCACAACAGAGGUCCCCAAAACCAGCUCCCACGCGGGCGGGCCGAUGGCUGCCGUCGCGGAGCUGGAGCGGCGGGUGAUGGCGGCGGUGAAGGCCUCCGCUGAGCGCGGGGACCCGCCGCUCCUCCAGGCCGCCGAGGCCGCGCGCUGCAUCCGCGAGGCCCCCGCCUUCACUCCGGGCGGCCUCGCGCUCUCGCAGGCGUUGGUGGCGAACCUGUGCUUCGCGCACAACACAGCCGCCAUGUGGAAGCUGCUGGACCAGGCCAUGUUGUCCCGCCUGGUGGACCCUCUCCACACGCUCGCCCUCCUUACCCCGAGGGUGGUGCCGAACCGGCGGGAGCAGCCGGAGGCGUACAUGCUCUACCUCGAGCUUCUCGGUCGGUACGCGGUGGCUCCUGUUUACCCGGAGCGCAUGGAGAAUAAGGAUAUAUCUCUUGGCUUCCCUGAUAAAUGGAUUCGUUGGAUUGUGUCAAUCUUAAGCUCAGGUUCCUCGGCAGUUCUUCUGAAUGGAGUCCCAGAUGACACCCUCAUCAUUAUGAAAGCCUCCCAAAGGGAUUUGUUCUGCUUAAAAUGAAUUCUCAACUCCUUCUCAGCAUCAACCGGACUCAAGAUUAAUUUUAACAAAUCUUGUCUCCUGCCUAUCAAUUUGGAUCAUCAGAAAACAACUCAUUUGGCGGCGGUGUUUGGCUGUCAGAUUGGAACUUUCCCUUUCACAUACUUGGGUCUUCCGUUGGGAAUCACAAAACCAAGAAUCAAAGAUUAUCUCCCUCUCAUCAACAAAAUUGAAAGAACAAAGAAGGUUGGAUUCCACCAGCAUCUGGCUCUCUUUGGCAGGUUAGCCAAAUCUAUUGACGGUGCUAUGCAGCUUUCGCAUAGAUUUGGUUUUCAACAUUUGGAUUUUGGACAUACUGUUAUUUUGUUUGUGUUGAGUCUUGUCGACAUGCUGAUUGAUUGCAUCUUAGACGAUUGUGGAUUGCCCGUCACCUCUGCUGAUGAACAUGGCAACAGAAAAGAUAUGAAUUUUAAUGGCAAGGGGAGAUCAUUUGACAGGGGAGAUGAACACCGUGAACAUCUAAGGAGAAAGAAUAUACUUAUGUCUAUUGAAGUUGUUGAGAAGGUCACUGCAAACAAAAUUACCCAAGUCUUUCUGCGGCUUGUCAACCGUAACACACCUGAAAAUUUCAAUUAUCUACUUCGGAAACUUCACCUUAUUGGUGCUCUUAAAAAGAAGAACGCUUUGUCUCCAUGCAAUCUGCUAGAUAGCUUGAUUGUGAAUAUACAGAAUGCCAUAAGCACGGGCUACCAAUUAGACAGGAAAAGGCUUCUGGGAGUUCCUGUUAGCAUACAGCCUUGCAGUUCAGCUAUUUACAGUAUAUUCGUAACUGGAAAGGGAUCUUGUUGGAUUCCUUUUGAUAUGUUUAUGGAGAAUGCAAUGGAUGGGAGACAUCUUCAUACUAUAUCAUCAGUUGAAUAUCUGACAGAACUAUCCAAAACACUUCAAGUGUUGAAUCGGGCAACUUGGCAAGAGACCUUUCAGGCUUUAUGGAUUUCGGCUUUGCGGCUAGUACAGCGAGGCCCAGAUGCUUCGGAAGGACCAUUUCCUCAUCUUGAUUCACGGAUGUGCAUGUUGUUGGCUAUUAUCCCCUUGUCCAUUGCAACUAUUGUGAAGGAAGAGGCGGGCAAUCUGAAAGGGGAAACAACCUCUGUUAUAAGAGGACAAUUAGUGUCUUCACUUCAGAUUCUGAGACAAUUUUUUGGUCUUCUUUCACCACCUCCAGCAACUGUGCACUUGGCAAAUGCUGCAGCUAGAAAAGCAGCAGUUGUUCUGUCUAACCUGAAAACUGGGAGUGAGAACAUGUACAGUUCUUUCAAAGACAGUUCCUCUAUUAAAGCAGUUGGAAAUAUGCUACAUCUUAUCGUGGAAGCCUGUAUCGCAAGGAACUUAAUAGAUGCAUCUGCUUAUUUCUGGCCUGGCUAUGUGGUUCCACUUAAAGAAUCCUCUCCAGUUCAGGCAUCUCCAUGGUCAUCUUUAGUAGAAGGGUCUCCACUUAUAGAACUUAAGGAUGCCCUUAUGGUCACACCUGCUUCGAGUGUAGAAGAGUUGGAGAAAUUGUACUCUUUUGCAGUAAGUGGGUCACCGGAGGAAAAGUUGGCAGCUUCGAAGAUUUUGUGUGGUGCAUCACUUCUUCGUGGUUGGAACAUUCAGGAACAUGUUGUUCAAAUGGUGCUUAAGUUGUUAUCGACAUUCCUCCCUUUGGAUUCUGGAUCAGAAGGGCGAUAUGUACAGCAUAUGCCUAUGCUGCAUGCUCUUGUAUCAGGAAUUUCUUCUAUUGACACUGUUCAUAUUCUCUCACUGUAUGGUCUGGUGCCAGAAGUAGCAUCUAUGUUAAUGCCUCUCUGUGAGAAUUUUGGAUCUUUACCUCCAUCUGAUCAUAGGAGUUGUAAACUUGAAGAGGCUUCUGUGUACUCAGUAUUCUCAUGCGCUUUCCUGUCCCUGCUUCGCUUGUGGAAAUUUCAUAGACCACCCAUUGAGAGUGCUUUAUCAAGGCGUGGAGUCUCUGUUUGGUCAGAGCUCCGUUUGGAUUUUCUCUUGUUAUUACGUAAUAGUCAUUCUUCUUUGAAAAAUCUGUCUAAUGUUACUCAAUCAAGCAUAUUUGAAUUAGAUCCACCAUUUCAAAAACCAUUGUAUAUUGAUUCAUUUCCAAAGCUAAGGGCAUGGUACUUCCAGAAUCAAGCUUGCAUAGCUUCUACACUUUCUAGUGCUUGCAGCAGGACAACUGUCCUCCAUGUGGCAAACAUGAUACUGAAAAUCAUAUGCCAUAAUAAAGUGCCAAAAGGUGGUGUCCUGUCUGUAAAUCCUCAGUCAACAGCAAAUUCCACUACGAGUAGUUCACCUGCAGGCGUACAGGAAGAUAUGUGCCAGUGGCCAACACUUCCAGCAUGGGAAAUUCUUGAAGCUGUUCCUUUUGUGCUUGAGGCUAUGCUAACUUCAUGCGCUCAUGGAAGACUUUCAUCCCGUGACUUGGUUACAGGUUUAAGAGAUCUUGCAGAUUUCUUGCCUGCUUCACUUGCUGCUAUUGUCAGCUACUUCUCUGCAGAAGUCACUAGUGGCAUAUGGAAGCCAGUUAUGUUGAAUGGAAUGGACUGGCCAAGUCCAGCUGCAACUCUUCCAGUAGUUGAAUCGGAGAUAAAAGAAGCUCUUGCAUUUGCUGGUGUUCAUAUCAAUAUCUGUCCACGUCCACGUUCUGCGAUGCCAAUGCUUCCAUUGCCAAUAGCAGCGCUAAUGAGUUUGUCAAUAACAGUCAAGAUGGAGGAAUUCAGCCACCUACACGGCAUCAUUUCCCAAGGAAUUGAAAUUUGUGCGACAUCUAGUUCAUGGCCCACUAUGCAAAUUAUAGGCGCAUUGUGGUCCCAGAAGGCACGGCGGUGGCAUGAUUUUAUCAUCCUGACUUGUUCGCAGUCCCCCUUCACUCGAGAUAACACCGCGGUGGCACAACUGAUCAGGAGCUGCUUCUCGUCUUUCCUGGGGCCUUUGGUUGAUGGGCGCUCCUGCUCCGUAGCAAACAGAGGAGUUGCGAAUCUGCUGGGGCAGAGUUCUGAUGAAAAAGCACACAGGCUUGCUGUAGCUCCAGGGUUUCUCUACAUGAGAUCCUGCCGGUUAUUUCCAAACAACACCUUUGUUUGUGAAGAGAUCUUGGAGGUGGUCAUUGAGAGAGCCCAUGCGCUAGCAAAUGACCGCAGUUCUGACAGACCUGCCCGUUUGAGGUCAGAGUGUUUGCCGCUAUCAGCUGCGUCAUCCUUGGUAGAGCAGAUAGCAUCACUUGCAGCGACUAUGCUUUGCCACGCUGGCGGGGUGAAUCUGAUUCGUCUCCUCUACGAGCAGAUCAUGCCCACCCUGCUGCUUUCAGGUGGAGAAGCUAAGCUCGGUUCCGGUGGUAUGGUAUGCAGCAUAAUCGAAGGAUACACGCUAGCGUACGUUCUCCUCUUCUCGGGCGCAACCGUCUGGGGAGUCGGAGAAACGUCGCCAGCUUACACUUUAAUAUACACAUCCAAAAGACAACGGGUCCUCGACAGGCACCUGGAGUUCAUGGCCAGGGUGAUGGAGGGUAACAUUGUGCUGGGCUGUGGAGAUGCCACGUGGAGGUCCUACGUUCUGUGUUUCGUCAACUUGCUGGUCAGCUUCGUGCCCGCGUGGGUCCCUGAAGUGAAGCUAAAUACGCUGCAGAAACUGGCAUCUGGGCUUCGGAGAUGGCACGAGGGCGAUCUUGCCCUCUCUUUGCUUGAGCUAGGGGGAGCCAAGACCGUGACUUCAGUAGUUGAAUCUCUUCUGCGGUGAGCUGGUGCUCAACUGACUGUAUAGUUUUCUACGACAGGUUGGUCCAUAUACACAUUAUAACAUGUUAAUGAUCUAAAAAUUCAGUCAUCAGAAAGAUGAACAGUACAGUUCUACCGAAGCUUGAUUAUUCGUACUGUCAGUCAGCUAAAGAGAUGUCCAGCAGUUUCUAUAGUAGUUACAUGAUAGUGUGUAAUUGAUGGAAAUGUCAUUUACUGGCAGUCGUCCAUUUGGAGUGUAUAAAAAUCAUGGAAUAAUUGGAAGAAUGCAGUAUUAGAAAACAGCAUUGCUGGGAGCCAGGCGUCUGUUC